CUGCACUAAAUCGUCAACAUGUCAGCGAGCUCUCUUGCUUAUCACCGGAGUGUUGCUUCCUCCAGCAGUGAUCUGGUCUUAUUGAGUCCUAGAAAACAGACAAAGGCACUAACCAAUCCAAUCGAACAGUCUGAGAUGAACGUCGACCCCGAGUACACACCCGACUUUGGUCGCGGAAUGAGAUCCGAGGUGCAGCAUCUCUACCGAUCCGACGACCGAGCAGCAUGGAACGAGUCCAUCCCAGAGAAGCCAGUGGUCGAUGCUGAAGCCGGCUCGUAUGCGCAGGAAUUCGCUCUGAUUGUGCGCCGCGAACCGCAUCCCAUCACCCACCAAGUCGCUCUCCAUUCCAUCACCAUUCAAAGCCCCCGAAUCAAGAAGGUGCUGGAGCGAAUAUUCCAAGGGUUCGAGGGCCUCAACACCCAGCUGAAAGACCUGACCUUCAAGGCCCCGUUCCACCCCUUCUACUACCGAUGGCAUCUCCUCGAGAAGCUUCGCGAGGAGGAGCUGGACCCCGAAGUGCAAGAUCAUCUUAGCCUCCUGUAUCCUAUCCUCUGCGAAGAAAUCAUGCCACAGAUCGAGGUGAUGCGAGACUUGACUAAGAAUAACGUAAUGAGCUUCGACUGCCUGUGGACGGUCCUUGCCCCCGGAACGGAAAUCUACACACAGGUGGAUGGGCAGCCCCGGCUGAUGGAACUCACCGACAGUCGAUACGGUGCCAAUAUGAGCGGCGAGUUCUUCACACUGGAGUGUCGAUAUAUCGACUGUGAUGGAUCCAGCUUUGGCUACGUCUCUACCUCGCUCGACAUUGACAAGUUUGAUGGUGUCAGGAGGCUCAUCGAGUUGGUCGCCUUUCCCUGUCAUCUCCAUCCCGAUGUGGACACUCUGGUCGACAGACUGCAUGCCCGCGGGGAGAGGUUCGAGCAGCUGAAUGGCUUCCAUCACAUGUCGUACUCGGGGUUUUAUAAGGCCAGGUCCUCGCGACAGAUUCGCAAGCGUCAUGUCGAAAGCAGUCGCAUCAUUAUCGACCCGCAUACCUUCGAUAUAUACGGUACACCCGGACCUGGUCUCGGGUCGAUCAACGCAGCGGCAGACCCAGGCAGGGAUGCAACCGACGAAGAGCCGCUCGCUGUCGUGCCCAACGUUAUGUUGAGAGCGACGAGCCACGCAUACCGAGUAUACCAGAGUGCCGUGGAAAGGCACAACAAGCGUGCUAAAGACAGCUUGUCCGAUCGAACCUUGAGCCCUAAGCAGCGAUUGCUCUGCAAUCACGUCGUCCGUGGCUACUGCCUGUCUUUCAAAACUUGGGCCGAGUUCUAUGUGGAAAACAUUGGUCCUAUACGCUGGAGCGAUGACGCUUUCCCCCGGCUUGUUCUUCCGCAUGGCUACAAGGAAAUCAUCCGUGCGUUUGUACAAGAGCAACUGGCCCGAGACGACGAGUUUGAUGAUAUUGUCUACGGAAAAGGGCUGGGAUUCAUUAUGUUGCUGGCGGGAGAGCCUGGCGUUGGGAAAACACUGACAGCGGAAUCGGUUGCCGAAGAAAUGCGUCAACCACUGUACUUGAUGAGUGCCAGCGAGCUUGGAGAGACCGCCACAGAAGUAGAGGAAUCACUCGAACAGGUCCUCCAGCUGACCAGUAAAUGGAAUGCUAUUCUCCUGCUGGACGAGUGCGAUAUGUUCCUCGAAGCCCGGUCGACGGCUGAUCUACGACGCAACAGACUAGUCUCGGUCUUCCUCCGACAACUGGAGUAUUAUCGCGGGGUGAUGUUUCUCACCAGCAACCGCGUCAGUGACUUUGACCCGGCAUUCGAGUCCCGGAUUCAUCUCACCAUUCACUAUCCGUCUCUGGGUCCCGCCAGUCGGCUCCAUAUCUGGAGAACCUUCACUGAAAUGGGAGCGGUAGAAAGUCGACUGAGCGAGGAGAACUUGGAAGCGCUGGCUGCCAUGGAUAUGAACGGCAGGCAGAUCAAGAAUACGGUCAAGACGGCGCGGUUGUUGUCGAAGCAGGAAAGGGUACCGUUGGGGAUGGAGCAUAUUGAGAUGGUGUUGAGGGUUGGAGGGAUUUUAGCUGAUGAGAGUGUAAACAAUCAGGGAUUGAAGAAGUAGAUUAGUGAGUGUUGAUGUUAG